UCCCAGUUUUGCAGCCAACAGACGGCCGAAGAUAUGGCUUUAUUGGCUUAUAAUCGCGCUCUUAAGCUCUCUACGCCAGGAUCCCCAGUUGUUGGUGUCGGUUUCACUGGCUCUUUGGCUAGCAGUCGUCCAAAACUCGGGGAACACCGGUAUGUCUGCCUUAUCUACGAAAAUGAUUGAUGAAUCCUCACUAUAUUGAGUUUCAGCGUAACGUCUGAAUUGGUUGCCAUUGGCCUGUGCAUUGCGUUGCUGUAUUGGUAAUUUGGUAUAGCUGUAUUAGUCAUUUGAUUAUAAAAAUGAUACAACAAAGACUGGAUACAAGCUAUGAUCAACUACAGAGAUGUGCUUUACUUCUGCUUUUGAAGUCACCGCUGGAUUUAUUUGUGUACAUUUUGAGUGCUUGACUCUCUGGAUCUUGUUAGUUUGUUGCAUUUUCUUGAAAGAGCUUUCAUGUUCAUUUGCAGACUUUACAUGUCAACAAGGACAGCUGACCAACUGUGGAUAUCAAGAGUGACCUUGACUAAGGGGCUUCGUACACGAGAAGAAGAGGAUGGAGUUUCUAGUCAUCUUUUGAUCAAGGCAAUUGCAAAUGCAUGCAAAAUUCGUGCAGCAUCAAUUUCAGUGUUGAGUGAAUCAGAUGUAUCGGAUGAACGUGUAACACAUUUCCAUGAAGAUCAGCAGUUAGAGCAACUUAUAAAUGGUCAAAUAUGCUUUAAAAUUUACCCAUUUGCAAAUGAGAUACCGGCUGAAAGAAAAAUAAUAAUGCCUGGUUCUUUCAAUCCAUUACAUGAUGGGCAUCUCAAGCUUAUGGAAGUUGCUACUCGCAUUUGCCAUGAUGGGUAUCCUUGCUUUGAAAUAUCUGCUGUCAAUGCAGACAAACCUCCAUUGUCGGUGUCUCAGAUCAAAGACCGUGUCAAACAAUUUGAAAAAAUGGGUAAAACAGUAAUUAUAUCGAAUCAGCCUUAUUUUUAUAAGAAGGCUGAACUUUUUCCAGGCAGUGCUUUUGUAAUUGGAGCUGACACAGCAGUGAGGCUUAUUAAUCCUAAAUAUUAUGACGGUGACUACUACAAGAUGUUGAAGAUACUAAUUGGAUGUAAAGAAACAGGAUGCACUUUCCUUGUGGGUGGUCGGAAUGUAGAUGGUGCUUUCAAGGUUCUAGAUGAUAUUGAUGUUCCAGAAGAACUAAAAGACAUGUUCGUCUCCAUUCCAGCAGAGCAGUUCCGCAUGGAUAUAUCCUCCACUGAAAUAAGAAAUGCAAGUGCGAUGUAAAUAAUUUGAUGGCUAUAGAUCAGUAUAUACUCAACGAUGAAAUUACUGACGAUAAAAAAGUGCGAUGAAAUUUUAUGGCUAUCUUUGUCAUAUACUCGGCAUUUAUCAUGUAAGAAAAAAAUGCUGACAUACUUUUGGUGUCAUGAUCAUGAACGCUGCGGUUUUGAAAAGAACUGUUGAGCAUAGUGAUUCAUAAAUGUAUGUGUCAGAGGGACAGAACAUUCAUGCAUAAGACACGACGCUUAAAUUCGGAAGGUGGAGGUGAGCCUGUUUCAUGUACAUUGUUUCGUAGUUUUCCUAUAGCUAUCAGACAAAAAUGUCUUUGCAAUGUUGAUUGAAUGAGUGGAGGAUGAUUUAGAUACAAUGCUUUUAUUUAGUGGGGUUUGAGGAUA